AUAUCAUUUUGUCAGCACCCAACCUACAACUUGAAAAUGUCUGGACGUGGUAAAGGAGGUAAAGUGAAGGGAAAGGCAAAGAGCCGAUCAUCCCGUGCCGGACUUCAGUUCCCCGUGGGUCGUAUCCACCGUCUGCUGAGGAAGGGCAACUACGCCGAGAGAGUCGGAGCCGGUGCCCCUGUGUACCUGGCCGCCGUUCUUGAGUACUUGGCCGCUGAAGUGUUGGAGUUGGCAGGCAACGCAGCCCGUGACAACAAAAAGACCAGAAUCAUCCCCCGUCACCUGCAGCUGGCCAUCCGCAACGACGAGGAGUUGAACAAACUUCUGUCCGGCGUGACCAUCGCCCAGGGUGGUGUUCUGCCCAACAUCCAGGCCGUGCUCCUCCCCAAGAAGACCCAGAAGCCCGCCGCCAAGUAAAAAGUCAGCUCUGCCGACUUUUUUGUCUAUACCAAACGGCCGUUUUCACGGCCACCCAUAUUU